GCUUGGGACGUGCCCCGGGCGGUGGGGGAUCAGCCUCUUCGGCGAGGGUUUCUGGAGAGCCGGCGCUCCGCUGCGCGUUCCCUCGGAGGCAAAGCGCCGGAAAAGACCGCAGGCCGCGUUUCGGGCUCUUUCACGUGGGUCCCCUUCUGGCCGCGCCGGAUUACUCUCUGACCCGGGGCCCGGAAGGAUCCGAGUAGCAGCGCAAAGCCGUGCGGUGCUGCGGCACGCGCGUGCGGUCGGAGGCCGUUGUACCCUUCUCGGGAAGAAAAGCAGCCGCAGCUCUGUUUAAAGGAGAGCUGAACCUUGAAAAAUGUGCUGCAAAACAAAUAGAAGAUUUCUGCUGCUUUAUGCAAGUCAGAAAGGCCAGGCAAAAGCCAUAGCUGAAGAAAUAUGUCAGCAGGCAAAGGAACAUGGGUUUGAAGCUGAUAUUCACUGCAUCAGUGAGUCAGAGCAGUAUAACUUGGAUAAGGAAAAGGAUCCUGUGGUUAUUGUUACUUCUACUACUGGUACAGGAGAGCCUCCAGACACUGCAGUCAAAUUUCUAAAGGAAAUUAACAACAAAAGUUUGCCAUCUGAUCAUUUUUCUCAUAUACGAUAUGGACUGCUAGGUCUAGGAGACUCUGAAUACACAUUCUUCUGCAAUGGUGGGAAAAUAAUAGACAAACGAUUUGUGGAACUUGGGGCUCAACGGUUUUAUGAAGUGGGAUUGGCUGAUGAUGCUGUAGGGUUGGAGCUGGUGGUUGAACCAUGGAUUACUGGGCUCUGGGUUGCACUUAAUCAAGAGUUUGCAUCUAGAAAAGAAGACAAAAAUACAUCUUUUUGUGCCAACAAGUUUUCUAAUCUAUGCCUAAGCCUCCAAGCAGAACACUUGAAGAUUGAAGAUUCUGAUGUGAAAAAUAAUCUUUCAUCAAAAGCAUAUAUUAACUCAGAACUUCCCACUGAAAGCUCUCAACCUUCACUUUCUUGCUCAGUGCCUCCGCUCUCAAAGGCUACUCUUAAUAUUCCUGCUUUGCCACCAGAAUACCUAGAAGUGCAGUUUGAAGAAAGCAGUGGCCAGGAGGUCAGCCUACCUUAUGUUUCAGAGAGCAGCAUUUUCCAUGUUCCUGUCACCAAGGCCAUUCAAAUUACCAUGGAUGAUGCAAUAAAAAAAACUUUGCUGAUUGAACUGGAUAUUUCU